CCGCACCCCAGCCACCAAAAGGCUUCCAGGCCUCCUUCCUCCACUCCUCCCUGUCCUCUGCGGCUCUGCCCCGUCUCGCCGCGCUAUGGCUCGUAUCCUUGUCGCCGUUCUAGCGCUCCACCUCACCGCCGCUGUUGCCUCCGCCGCGUCGAGCGUCGCCGGUGGCGGUGCCUUCGACCCCUCCCGCGUCGUCCAGCUCUCAUGGCGCCCCAGGGCGUUCCUGCACAAGGGGUUCCUGUCGGAACCGGAGUGCGACCACAUGAUCGAGCUGGCUAAGGACAAGCUGGAGAAGUCGAUGGUGGCGGACAACGAGUCCGGGAAGAGCGUCCAGAGCGAGGUGCGGACCAGCUCCGGCAUGUUCCUCGAGAAGAGGCAGGAUGAAGUAGUAGCAAGAAUAGAGGAGAGAAUUGCUGCUUGGACAUUCCUUCCAUCAGAGAAUGGUGAAUCCAUUCAAAUAUUACAUUAUAAGAAUGGAGAGAAGUAUGAGCCACACUAUGAUUACUUCCAUGACAAAAACAACCAAGCCCUUGGGGGGCAUCGAAUCGCGACGGUGCUCAUGUAUCUAUCUAAUGUUGAGAAGGGUGGAGAGACCAUCUUCCCCAAUGCAGAGGGGAAGUUAACACAGCACAAGGAUGAGACAGCCUCUGAAUGUGCUAAAAAUGGAUAUGCAGUAAAGCCUAUGAAAGGGGACGCACUGCUGUUCUUCAGCCUCCACCCUGACGCAACGACAGACCCUGACAGCUUGCAUGGAAGCUGCCCUGUCAUUGAAGGCCAGAAGUGGUCCGCGACGAAAUGGAUCCAUGUGAGGUCCUUCGAAAACCCCGGCAAGCAGGGAGCUUCCGGUGACGGGUGUGAGGACGAGAACGUCCUCUGCGCGCAGUGGGCGGCGGUUGGGGAGUGCGCCAAGAACCCCAACUACAUGGUGGGCACAAAGGAAGCACCUGGCUUCUGCCGGAAGAGCUGCAACUUAUGCGCACAGUAAGUUUAUCAAUUAAUCCACACACCGUCCUGAUACGCAGCACGGCAUGGAUAAAUUCUUGUGUGUAUAUGAGAGCGCGCAAUAGAUAGCAUGUGUGACCUGGAAGGAACUGAAAUGUAAGAUCUAUCAUCUAUUGUUGUGAUAACCUUUCUUGGUAGAAAAACAUUUCUGUCUUUGUCCAAUUACCCGUUUUAGUUGAGCAAUCAAAUCAAUGACGACGGAUUGUGCAA